UUUCUGGGUUGUUAGGUCCCGCAAAAAUUUAAUCCCAGUUCCAUCCUGUUCCCACCUAUACCCGUAUAGACAAUCUACAGGGAUUGUGAGUUAGGGAUCGGGAAGAUAGUUAGAAAUUUUAGUUAUUCGCCGCAUAUGUUGACUAAUCUGAUAAUCUGCAAGGACGUACAUUUCCGCGUCUCAAUUUUCAUUUUUUUUUCAGCACUUGGUCCAUGCUAGACUGUCCCGAGAUUUCUCCGGCUGCUGUUAAUUUGUUGCCACUUGCCAACGAAAAGCAUUGCUCUAUGAAAAAAAUGCAUUGCCUUCUUCGCUCCUGUCCUAACUCCUAAGCAAAGCUAGGAGGUGGCAUGGUCAGAUAGUGACAUCCUAAGAUUGUUUAUUCAUGAUCUCGUCAACAAAUACUGAACUUGUCAAGAACAUGGAAUGGUUGAAGUGGUCAAGCGAAGGAUAACAGUGUCUAAUACAUCACGUUCCAUUGUCUUAUAAAUUUAUCAGUUUUUAUUUGUCAUUCUACCAAUCUUGUUGACCAGUUGUUCUGUUUGAUAAGAACGGAGCAUUGACAACAUAUUAUCUUGCAAAUCCACGAAAUUUCGAUGUUGACAUGCAUUCCUCUAGGCAAAGCAUAAAUGCUCAAUUGUCUUAGUGAGCGCUGAUACUGCCAUCUUCCUUAUCGGCAUCAUGCUCAUGCAUUUCUGUGUGUUUGGAUGCCUGAAGAAAUUUGUCAUAAAGCAAAUGGGCAUAAGGAGAAUACAAGCACCACGGCUGAUCACAAAAGAAGCUGGACCACCUGCAGAUGAAGCUAUAUUCAGAAGUGAUUCAGUGAAAUCCGCAGUUCUAAGCUCACCACUAGUUGAGUUUAGCACGAUUUAUUCAGCAACAAAUAAUUUUAGCAACAAGCUUGGUGGAGGCGGAUUUGGUUUUGUUUACAAGGGGGUACUACCUGAUGGCCAGGAGAUUGCUGUCAAGAGGCUGUCAAACAGAUCCAGUCAGGGAUUGGAAGAGUUCAAGAACGAGGUGAUAGUUCUAUCCAAACUGCAACACCGGAAUUUGGUUAGGCUCUUUGGUUGUUGUGUUCAUGGAGAAGAGAAGAUGUUGCUGUAUGAAUACAUGCCCAACAAGAGCCUUGACUCAUUUAUUUUUGAUGAAAGUAAGAGGCUAAUAUUUGGAUGGAAAUUGCGAUACAAGAUUAUUCAGGGAAUUGGGAGAGGAUUAUUGUACCUUCAUCAGGAUUCCAGGCUCAAAAUUAUUCACAGGGAUCUCAAAGCGAGCAAUAUUCUGCUUGAUGAUGAUUUCAACCCCAAGAUAUCUGACUUUGGUAUGGCUAGAAUAUUUGGUGAACACCAACUUCAAGCCCUUACCCACCGAAUUGUUGGAACCUAUGGCUACAUCUCUCCAGAGUACGCAAUGGAGGGCAAAUUCUCUGAGAAAUCAGACAUCUUCAGUUUCGGCGUGUUGAUCCUAGAGAUUGUGAGCGGACGAAGGAACAGCUCAUUUGUUGAUGAAGAAUGGUCAAUGAAUCUCUUGGGUUACGCGUGGACACUGUGGAAGGAAGGCAGUGUCUCGGAGCUGAUCGAUCCACUCAUGGGCACCAUAUGCUCUUACGAUGAAGUAUGCAGAUGCAUCCAGGUUGGUCUUCUGUGCGUGCAGGAAUUACCAGGUGAUAGGCCAAGCAUGCCCCUGGUGCUCAGGAUGCUCAGUGGGGAUGUUACACUUCCUGCUCCGAAGCAAGCUGCAUUUUUCGUCGGAAGGGUUCCUCUGGAUGAUAACAAUACUGGAUCGGGGAAUCAGUUGACGUAUACUCAAUUGCAAGGCAGAUAGCUCCUUGUCAGUGCCUCUGAAUCUCUUGUUCAACUUGCCAACCUGGAUUACUGAAGUUGGUGUCUCUCAUUUUCCCUGUUUGUUUGUUGUUAACCUAGUAAUAAACCUGUUAUUAUUUUUGUAUAUAGGUUUGCUUGUAAUAUGUGGAACUGUAAGCGUAUUUGGGAAUUGGAAUGCCGUUUGUUUAUACAUCUGGGUAUCAGGGUAUGCAACACCAGGAAAUUUAUCCUCC